CCUGGGUCACACAGGGAGGACACGGAGGAUAAAGGGAGGGCAGCCAUAGAGCCCCAGACCUGGGCUGGCAACAAAGGCAGGUACACAAGUUCACCCCAACUCGUGCAUGUGCAGGCCAGGCCCAGAGGGUGGCACCUGCACCGGUGGGACCGCCUUCCUCCCGGCAUGACGUUUCCAAAGAUACACGGAUAAGAUCAACCUGCUGACUCUGGGACUUUGCUCUCCCCUGGCACCAGCUGGCCCUGCACACCUCUUUGUCCACAGAGCCCGUCAUGGGGCACCUGGCCAUCCUGCUCACUGCGGCUCUGGCCACCCUGCUGGCCACUGGGAUCGGGGCACCCGUGCACAGGCAGGGCUCCCGGCACAAGCUGCUCCUCGUGUCUUUCGAUGGCUUCCGCUGGAACUACGACCAGGAUGUGGACACCCCCCACCUGGACACCAUGGCUCGCGAUGGGGUGAAAGCUCGGUACAUGACGCCUGCCUUCGUCACCAUGACCAGCCCCUGCCACUUCACCCUUGUCACUGGCAAAUACAUCGAGAACCACGGGGUGGUCCACAACAUGUACUACAACACCACCAGCAAGGUGAAGCUGCCGUACCACGCCACGCUGGGCAUCCAGAGCUGGUGGGACAAUGGCAGUGUGCCCAUCUGGGUCACCGCCCAGAGGCAGGGCCUAAAGACCGGUUCCUUCUUCUACCCUGGGGGGAAUGUCACCUAUGAAGGGGUGGCCGUAACGCUGAGUCGGAAGGAAGGUGUCCUGCACAACUAUAAAAAUGAAACAGAGUGGAGGGUGAACAUUGACACCGUGAUGCGGUGGUUCACAGAGGAGGACCUGGAUCUGGUCACACUCUACUUUGGAGAGCCAGACUCCACAGGCCACAAGUACGGCCCCGAGUCCCAGCAGAGGAAGGAGAUGGUGCAGCAGGUGGACAGGACUGUGGGCUACCUCCGGGACAGCAUCGAGCGCAACCACCUCUCGAGCAUCCUCAACCUGAUCAUCACGUCCGACCACGGCAUGACAACCGUCUACAAGAACGCCAGUGACCUGGUCGAGUUCCACAAGUUCCCCAAUUUCACCUUCCGGGACAUCAAUUUUGAGCUCCUUGACUACGGGCCGAACGGGAUGCUGCUCCCCAAAGCAGGGAUGCUGGAGAAGGUGUAUGAUGCCCUCAAGGAUGCCCACCCCAGACUCCACGUAUAUAAGAAGGAGGCGUUCCCCGCAUCCUUCCACUACGCCAACCACCCCAGGGUCACGCCCCUGCUGAUGUACAGUGACCCCGGCUACGUCAUCAAUGGGAGAAUUAACGUCCAGUUCAACAAUGGCGAGCAUGGCUUUGACAACAGGGACAUGAACAUGAAGACCAUCUUCCGGGCCAUGGGCCCCAGCUUCAAGUCGGGCCUGGAGGUGGAGCCCUUUGAGAGUGUCCAUGUGUACGAGCUCAUGUGCCAUCUGCUGGGAAUCAAGCCCGAGCCCAACGACGGGCACCCCAGCACCCUGCUGCCCAUGCUGCACUCAGAGCCUAACCCCCUGCCUAGCGGAGCAUCCACUCACCUGCCCAGCAGAGGAUCCACUGUCCUGCCCAGCGGAGCAUCCACUCACCUGCCCAGCAGAGGAUCCACUGUCCUGCCCAGCGGAGCAUCCACUCACCUGCCCAGCCACCAGAUCCCGUUGGUGACAGGACUGCUGGGGGCUGUGAUUCUUCUGGCCAACAUCACAUAACGCCUCCCCACUCAAGGAAACCUCCAGCACGGCCCAGAGGCGCUGGCCCGCUCUCGCGGUGAUGCUGCCUGGACACGGACGGACCUGCCUCGUCUGCUUUUCCCAGGCCGCGCGCCGCUCUGUGCCCCUGUCCCAGCAGCUCCAACCCC